AUGGACAGCGAUUCGGAGUCCUCAAUGGAAGACGAAUUGCGAAUUCCAGUGUUCAUGGUGUUAUUUGUGCUGCUGGCAUACACAGCAAUCGGAGGUUUCUUGUUCCAAUCAUGGGAAGGACUGCAGUAUUUUGAAGCAUUUUACUUUUGUUUCAUCACCAUGGCCACAGUAGCGGGUACUGAAUAUAUCCGAAAAAUCCACUACCUUGGCAGUAAGAUGGAAGAUGCAAAAGGCGCUGUUAUCUCUGGUCUCCAAGUUGGUGAGCACAUACUGAAACAUACUGGUAUCGAAGUUAUGAAAACAGCGGGCGGAAAAUUGGUGCAAGUUCGCGGAGCAGUGCUGAAUUCGAAACAGGCUCGAGAACUUGGUGUAAAUUAUAUACUAGCCGAUCUGCAAUAUCACCAGAAAAAUAUUCUAUACGAGCCGUUGAGCCCAACCGUUGCGAAACUUGUCAAGGAGAGCAACAUCAAGAUAUUACCAGACGAUAUAACUGAAAAGGACGGUUAUAUAGUACAGAAUAAAAGCUACGACAAACCGGCUUUGGCCAAGAAAGGAUAUGUUCGUGUUAGUGGGAACAUUAUUCACAGAAUUAUGGUACCGAGGAGAGGUGGACCAUCACUUGUUGUGCCAUGCCUUAUAUACAAAGAAACGGAUAUUUGA